GUAGUUACAGCUGCUUCGCAUUAUAAAGUACACAGUUUUUGAGAUGUAUACAAUUUGAGUUCCGUCUUCGACGUCAUCGCCUUUUUUCAACUACCAAAGUGCCAAAUGGUACCUUUGGUGGCCUAAGUAUGUCUCAAGUCUCAAAACCAACCCUACGUAACUUAUCCACGCGGGACUCGCUCACCUUCGUUUGCAUCUCUUUCUCUCUCUCUCACUCUAUACAUUAAAAAGAAGUCUCACGUUAAGAAGGAAUCUUUAGCUGUUAAGAAGGAAUCUUUAGCUGUUGCGACCAAAAAGGCUCUGUUUCUUCAAGAUUCUUGUCACAACAAGCUUAUUUAAGAAACUUUGAACUGGAACAGUAUAGUAAGGAACAAGAGCAUCCUUCUUCAUUUAUACAGGUAAAUUUGGUGUGAAAAUGGUGAUGAGAAAUGUAGAUCUACGAUCAGAUACCGUGACUAGACCGACCGAUGCGAUGAGAGAAGCAAUGUGUGGCGCUGAGGUGGAUGAUGACGUCCUAGGCUACGACCCAACGGCUAGACGUCUUGAAGAUGAGAUGGCCAAGAUGAUGGGGAAAGAGGCUGGUCUCUUUGUGCCAUCCGGGACUAUGGGGAAUCUGAUCAGCGUGAUGGUUCACUGCGAUGUGAGAGGCAGCGAGGUCAUUCUUGGAGACAACUGUCACAUCCAUGUUUACGAGAAUGGAGGGAUCUCGACCAUCGGAGGAGUGCAUCCCAAGACGAUCAAGAAUGAAGAAGAUGGGACUAUGGACUUGGCCGCCAUAGAAGCAGCCAUCAGAGAUCCUAAAGGAAGCACAUUUUAUCCAUCAACUAGGUUGAUUUGCUUGGAGAACACUCAUGCCAACUCUGGUGGGAGAUGUUUGAGCGUGGAAUACACCGAGAGAGUUGGAGAGAUCGCCAAGAGACAUGGUGUAAAGCUCCAUAUUGAUGGAGCCCGUCUUUUCAAUGCUUCUAUCGCACUUGGAGUUCCAGUCCAUAAGCUUGUGAAGGCUGCUGACUCUGUUUCGGUGUGUCUCUCUAAAGGCCUUGGAGCUCCAAUAGGAUCUGUAAUUGUUGGUUCGCAAAGCUUUAUAGAGAAGGCGAAAACGGUAAGGAAAGCAUUAGGUGGAGGAAUGAGACAAAUAGGCGUUCUGUGCGCAGCUGCUUUGGUUGCACUUCAAGAGAACCUCCCAAAGCUACAACAUGACCACAAGAAGGCCAAGUUGUUAGCUGAAGGGCUGAAUCAAUUGAAAGGGAUUAGAGUAAAUGUUACAGCCGUGGAGACCAACAUGAUUUUCAUGGAUAUGGAGGAUGGUUCAAGACUUACAGCUGGGAAACUGCGCAAGGCUCUAGAGGAGAAUGGCAUUCUCGUCAUCCCGGAAAACUCAUCUCGGAUCAGGAUGGUUAUACACCACCAGAUAACAACUUGUGAUGUGCAAUACACAUUGUCUUGCUUACAACAAGCACUGCAGACGAUACAAGAACCAAGCCGAAACUAAUUUGGCGAAACCGAAUUAUGCUUCUCCUUUCUCUUUUGGGUAUCGUCAAGAAGUAUCGUCUAUAAAAUGUUGUUUAUUGCAAGUAUGCUUUAUUUAUAUGUAUGACUAUUAUUAAAGAUCUCAAUAAAAUAGUUACAAUGAUUCCUCA